UUACACUUUACAGCUGACAAGCUCUAUUCAUAAACGGCUCGUUUCUGAACUUCCUAGGAAAUGUAGAAAACUAAACCGUUUAAAACCCUAACCUAACCCGUUAACCCCAUUGUUUCAACUCUCAAGCAUGAUUCACGAAGCCCCAAUGCAUACAAAAUUCACCGAUUCAAAUCGAAGACCCUUAAUACUAAAUUAAUAAACCUCUUUUUCGUUUUUGUGUUUCAAAGAAAAUCGAACUCCUAAAAAUGUCACACUCACACCUCACAAUUUCAGCAAGAAAACAAGGCGAAUACCAGUCCGAUGAUGGUGCUUCUGCUGCCCCAAAGCAACCUCGUCUCAAAUUUGGGAAGUCCGCUGAAGAUACCGACAAAAAGGGUGCAAACAGGAGGCUUAAGGAUGUUGAAAUUUGUGUUCCAAUAGUAUAUGGAACAAUUGCAUUUUAUCUCGGUAGAAAGGCCAGUGAGUCUCAGUCGCACAAGUGGACUGUGUAUGUACGUGGGGCAACAAAUGAGGAUCUUGGGGCGGUGAUAAAACGGGUGGUAUUUCAGUUGCAUCCUAGUUUCAAUAACCCUACAAGAGUGGUUGAAUCGCCCCCAUUUGAGUUAUCAGAAUGCGGAUGGGGUGAAUUUGAAAUUGCCAUCAGCCUUUUUUUCCAUAGCGACGUCUGCGAUAAACAAGUGGAUUUGUAUCACCAUUUGAAGUUAUAUCCUGAAGAUGAAUCUGGCCCCCAGUCAACCAAGAAACCUGUUGUAAUGGAAUCAUACAAUGAAAUUGUAUUCCCUGAUCCAUCAGAGAAUUUUUUGGCUCGUGUGCAGAAUCAUCCAGCUGUUAUUGUGCCUCGGCUGCCUGCUGGUUUUAACUUGCCUGAUCCUGUGCCAAUUGAGAACUUGCAUGAAAAGGAAAAGGGUGAUACCAAAGAUCAUCCCCAUAGUCAGUGGUUCAUGAAUUUCUCAGAGGCCGACGAGCUUUUGAAACUGGCAGCAGCUCGUCAGCAGGUUAGAAUAAGUACAAGCGCAUAUUAUUAAGCUGAGAAGACAAUUGAGUAUGAUGGAUGGGCUGCCUCAACUGUCGAAACCACCCACUGGUUAUGAAUUUACAUGAUCAUAGGCUGUUCAGAGUGUGGUGGGUAGUACACAUGGUCACCCAUGUAUAUAGUAGAAGACAUGAUACAUAUAAUGUAAUGUACACAUCUUGGUAGUUCUGUUCUAGGGACCGUCAAUUGUUGACUGAUGUUUAGCAUAUUGAAAUAUGGAUGGUUAUGUAGCAUCGCAGAACCUGAGUAGUGUAUAUAUGUGCUUUUAAUUUCUUGGUAUGUUAGGAUAGAUAAUUUCCCACUUGAUAUAUUCAUCUCUAAUGUCAUGGGAGCUGGUAUUAUUAUGAAACUGAAGCUAAGACAUUUAGGAUAUGCUUUCAAUUUUAGAUUGAAGAAAUAAAGAUCCUUUUUCUAA